AAAUGCUCUAGCUUCCGGGUUCAUCUUUCUGGAAAAUUGUAUCUAGCUAGUCUACCCGACUGGUAUGUUGCUGUCACAAAUAUUGCUCUGGCAAAGCUUGUCGCUGGUGCAUUUAUCAUAAGAGCGUCAAGAAAACUGCACUACUGGAAAGAACUCUCCUUGCCUCCUUGGUCAAUUAAAAGGGGGACAUGGCUUUCCGAAGGGCAGCAAAGGGCACUGCUCUCAUUGGAGGCGGGGUUCUGGCCACAAUCUAUGGCCUUUCUGAGCUGUCACGGUACAGGAGAAAACAGCCAAAAUGGGCUCAGCUGGCAAAUGUGAAUGCAGCUGAACAGGCAGAAAUGUCUUUCAAAGAUGAGCUUCCAUCCAGGCAGGCCCAGCUCUCUGCUCUGCAGAGCACAGAAGAAUUUGAUGUCCUGAUUGUGGGAGGUGGAGCCACAGGGUCAGGUUGUGCCUUAGAUGCUGUCACUCGAAAUCUUAAAACUGCCCUUGUGGAGAGAGAUGAUUUCUCAUCUGGGACCAGCAGCCGGAGCACCAAGCUCAUUCAUGGAGGAGUCAGAUAUCUGCAGAAAGCCAUCAUGAAAUUAGAUUACGAACAGUAUAUGAUGGUGAAAGAAGCACUCCAUGAGCGUUCCAACCUUCUGGAUAUUGCACCUCACCUGUCUGCACCUUUGCCCAUUAUGCUCCCAGUGUACAAGUGGUGGCAGCUUCCUUACUACUGGGCUGGGAUAAAGAUGUAUGACCUAGUGGCUGGGGGACAGUGUCUGAAAAGCAGCUAUGUCCUCAGCAAGACCAAGGCCCUGGAGCUUUUCCCCAUGCUAAAGAAAGACAAACUGGUUGGAGCUAUUGUCUACUAUGAUGGACAGCACAACGAUGCUCGAAUGAACCUCACCAUUGCGCUCACUGCUGCCAGGUAUGGGGCUGCCAUAGCCAAUUACACUGAAGUGGUGCACCUCCUGAAGAAGACAGAUCCCCAAACCGGGAAGGAGAAAGUCUGUGGCGCUCACUGCAGGGACGUAAUAACAGGUCAGGAAUUUGACGUUAGAGCCAAAUGUGUUAUCAAUGCCACUGGACCUUUCACGGACUCACUGCGGAAGAUGGACGAACCAAACAUACCCAACAUUUGUCAGCCCAGCGCAGGGGUUCACAUUGUCAUCCCGGGCUAUUACAGCCCCGAUAACAUGGGGCUCCUGGACCCAGCCACAAGCGACGGACGGGUCAUCUUCUUCCUACCCUGGGAGAAAAUGACCAUCGCCGGGACGACAGACACCCCCACCGAUGUCACCGCCCACCCCAUCCCCAUGGAAGAGGACAUCAACUUCAUUCUCAGUGAGGUCCGCCACUACUUGAGCCCAGAUGUGGAAGUUAGAAGAGGGGACGUCCUGGCAGCCUGGAGUGGAAUUCGCCCGCUGGUCACAGACCCAAACUCCAAAGAUACACAGUCCAUCUGCAGGAACCACAUUGUCAAUGUCAGUGACAGUGGACUAGUCACCAUUGCUGGUGGGAAAUGGACUACCUAUCGCUCCAUGGCUGAAGAGACACUGAAUGAGGCGAUCAGUGUCCAUGGCCUGAGGGCUGGACACAGUAAAACCAUAGGCCUGCUGCUGGAGGGUGGUAAAGACUGGACGCCCACCAUGUACAUCCGCCUCGUCCAGGACUACGGCCUAGAGGUUGAGGUUGCCCAACAUCUGGCGUCAACAUACGGAGGGAGAGCUUUUGAAGUUGCCAAGAUGGCACAUGUCACUGGAAAGAGAUGGCCAAUAGUAGGGAAAAGGCUUGUGUCUGAAUUCCCUUACAUUGAGAGUGAGGUGCUGUAUGCAAUAAAGGAGUACGCAUGCACAGCCACCGAUGUGAUCGCACGCCGCACGCGGCUCGGCUUCCUGAAUGUGCAGGCAGCGGACGAGGCCCUGCCCCGCAUCGUGGAGCUCAUGGGGAAGGAGCUGGGCUGGAGUGAACAGAAAAAGAAGGAAGAGCUGGCCACUGCUAAACAAUUCCUGUAUUGCGAAAUGGGUUACAAGUCCCGGUCAGAGCAGCUGACUAGCAUGUCUGAGAUCACCCUCACGAAUCCCGAGGUUGAAAGGUACAAGAAGCGAUUCCACAAAUUUGACAAAGAAAGUAAGGGAUUUAUCACCACUGUAGAUGUUCAGCGGGUGUUAAAGAACAUCGGCAUCCAAAUUGACGAAAACUCGCUACAUGAAAUUCUCAACGAAGUUGAUCUGAACAAAAACGGACAGGUUGAACUGAACGAAUUCUUGCAGCUCAUGAAUGCUGUGAAUAAAGGUCAGGUGUCUGACAACCGUCUGGCCAUCCUGAUGAAGACUGCGGAGGAGAGCCUGGACCAGAGGGAGCCUGUGUCUGUGGACCGAAGUGGCGGAGGAGUGUGAGCCCAGCAGUGCCUUAUCCAACAGUCACCCACUCUCUCUGUAAUUUCACUGCUCUACUGUUUUCUCUCAAAGUUACUGAACUUACAUAGGCACAGCUGCUUCUCUGAAUGCACACUCCCUGUUUUUCCUGAAUACGCACAUCCCUGCUCUUUUGACUGAUUUCCCUUUGAUACGCACAUUUUUACCUUCCAUGAGUACUCACCUGCUACCUCUCCUUUUAUAUGUUAUUUGAAUGAUUCUCUGCACUCCAUUUAUUUCUGCUGUUUUUCUUAUGUUUUUAAAUUACUUUUGCUCUUUGUAACAGACAUAUUUCAUAUUUUUAAUUAUAAAUAUUUAUCCAUAUUUGAGGAAUGUUUUUGUUUCUAAGCAAGCACAUUUGAAUGUCAUGUAUGGAGCUCACACUGUUAUAAAAUGGCUGAAGAAACUUCCUAAAUUUUCUUUACUGUACAUGCCAGGUCAAAGUCACUGUGUGUUGUAUUACAUAAUGCUGUGCCAUUUUAUACAUCUUGUGAUAUUUAGUUUAAAGCAAAACAAUCUCAAUGCUACUAUUUUUAUACACCAGUGUACUUGAAGCACUUCCAAGAGGUUCCUGUCUUAUGACCAGUAUAUGACCAUAAUGUUAGUGCUUGUAUUCAAUAUGAUCCUCCAUUGGAGAACUACUGUAUUUUUUAUUAUUUUACAUUUUUUAUUUGACCAUUUUAAAGUAUCAACGUAUUGUAAAUGCAUACUUUUAUAAUUAGUACACUGAAAAUAGAGUCAUAAAUGAAAAAUAAUCAGACUGAAACAAACUCAAAUCCUAGACAGUGGAUGGCAUGUGAUUAGUUCUUGGAAUCAUUGUGAGAUGAUUUAAGCAUGCUUAAUAGAAUUAACUUUUGUUAUUUAUGCUGCCAUUUAAUUUCUGUAUCUGUUUUUAUUAAUGUUUAUUUAUUGCUUGGUGUAAUCGUGACUAUCUUGUAAUAAGGGAAUAUAGGUGCCUUCUUUCAGUUCCAAUUUCACAGCGUCAAGGCAUGAGGCAAGUAUUGUCUUAUACUAACACAGACCUCAUAAAUUUUAAAUUUGCUUGGUAAUGACAAAAUUACCAAGCAAAGCGGCAAAAUUUAUGUUUGCAAAAUGCUUUUAAUGCAUAUUCUUUGGUUCAUUUUCAUUCAGAUGCUGAUUAUCGUGUAUUAUCUUCUGUCAGUUCAUUCUUCACAUUGUUAAAAAUCUUAAGUAAAUUGGAUUAAGGGGAAAUAUAACGCAUGUACUUGGGUGAAUUAUUUUCAAAUGUAAAGCUUUAAAUAAAAGCUUUUCUUUACAGCUGUCACCUGCA